UAAGAGGCCCCAGAAGUUCAUUUUUUGCAGCACCCUUCUCUUCUUUAUUAUCCCAUUUUACAGAAAGAUAGAAGAAAGAAGAAAUAAAGCAAAAAUCUUUAGCUUAAAUUUGAAGACUCUUCUUUUCUCUCUUAAGAGGAUGUUUGAUUCCAUUACUAUUUCACACCUCAAGAACAAGUUUCCCAGAUUCUCUUCACUUUUACACACUCUUAAUUACUCACUUAAAAACCCAUCAAAGUAAAUAAAUUUUGUCCAAAAUGUUUAUCCUCUUCUUCUUCUUCAUCACACACUAAAAAAAAGACUUUCUAUUUUAAGCCCAUUUUUCCUUACCACAAAAAUCAGUAAAAUGCUCACUUCAUUGCUAAAUUUGGUAAUAUUAUCAUUCAACAUCCUCUGUUUCUUCUUCUUGUUGUUAUCAUCAUCUUCAUUAUCCCAUGUGUUAGCCUCAGAUUAUGAAGCAUUAUUUACUCUAAAGCAAGGUUUUCAUCACUCAAAGCCUUCAUUAAAUAGCUGGAAUCACUCGAAUUCGAGCUCGGUUUGUUUUUGGAAAGGAGUUAAGUGUCUUAAUGGGAGAGUAAUCUCAUUAGACUUAACUGAUUUAAACCUUGAAGGCUCUGUUUCCCCUGUUUUAAACACCUUAGAUAGCCUCAUUCACCUCUCCUUAGCAGGAAACAACUUCUCGGGUAGACUCGAACAAGUCGUACUUGAUAACAAAAACAAUCUUCGCUUCCUCAACCUAUCUAACAACCUCUUCGAUGGUGGGUUGGAUGGUUGGAACUAUUCCUCUACGCCGAAUUUGGAAGUAUUUGAUGUGAAUAACAAUAAUCUUAGUUCACCUCUUCCUUUAGGGGUAACAAGGUUGAAAAAACUAAGGCAUUUAGAUUUGGGAGGAAACUAUUUCUUUGGUGAAAUCCCAAGAAUUUAUGGUGAUAUAAUCUCCUUAGAAUAUUUGUUUCUUGGAGGAAAUGAUCUUCAAGGAAGUAUCCCAAAAGAGUUGGGUAACUUGACAAAUUUAAGGGAGCUUUAUCUAGGGCAAUUUAAUCUGUAUGAAGGUGGCAUUCCUAAGGAGUUAGGGAAUUUGGUUAAUCUUGUUCAUUUGGAUGUAUCAAGCUGUGGAUUAACCGGUCCAAUACCGAAAGAGCUAGGGAAUUUAGCAUCCCUUGAUACACUCUACUUGCAUAUGAACCAUCUUUCAGGAACUAUCCCUAAUGAAUUAGGGAACCUCACAAGUUUAGUUAACCUCGAUCUUUCGAUUAAUGAGCUUAGUGGGGAGAUACCUCAAGAGUUUAUCAACUUUAAAAACCUCAAAUUGUUCAAUCUUUUCGUGAACAAGUUACAUGGGUCAAUUCCUGAUUAUGUUGCUGAUGGUUUGCCUAGCUUGGACACUCUCAAGCUGUGGAAGAACAACUUCACCGGUGAGAUACCGCGAUUUUUAGGCCAAAAUGGGAAGCUUCAAGAGCUAGAUUUGUCAUCAAAUAAACUCACUGGUACUAUCCCUUCAUAUUUGUGUGAUUCAAACCAACUUAGUGUCUUAAUUUUGAUGAAUAAUUUUCUUUUUGGACCAAUCCCUGAAAGUCUAGGCUCUUGUACUAGUCUUGUUAGGGUAAGAUUAGGCCAAAAUUACCUUAAUGGUAGUGUCCCAAAUGGGUUGGUCUACUUACCCAAACUAAACUUGUUAGAGCUUCAAAACAACUAUCUUUCCGGUAAUUUGCCUGAAAAUGUUGAUCCUUUGUCAUUCAAUCCUGCUAAAUUAGAUCAAAUCGACGUGUCGAAUAAUCGAUUAUCAGGGCCUUUGCCUGUUUCAUUGUCCAAUUUUACUUCAAUUCAAUUUCUUUAUUUUGAGGGUAACCAAUUUUCGGGUCCAAUUCCACAGUCUAUUGGUCAACUUAAGCAAGUGAUUAAGCUUGAUCUUAGCAAAAAUUAUCUCUCUGGGUUAAUUCCUCUUGAAAUUGGAAAUUGUGUUCAUCUUACAUAUCUUGAUCUUAGUCAAAAUAAUCUUUCUGGGUCAAUUCCUCCUGAAAUUUCUAGUAAUCGAAUUUUGGUUUACUUGAAUUUGUCUAGGAAUCACAUAAAUGGUACGUUACCCGUGUCGAUAGGGUCUAUGAAAAGUCUUACAAGUGCUGAUUUUUCCUUCAAUGACCUCUCGGGCAAACUGCCCGAAUCCGGGCAGUUUGCCGUGUUUAAUGCCUCAUCCUUUGUGGGUAACCCAUUACUUUGUGUGUCGUCUUUGAAUAACCCUUGUAACUUAACCUUAGUUCCAAGUCCGAGUAGGAAAUUGAGUAGUGGUGAGUUUAAGCUCAUUUUUGCUCUUGCCCUUUUGGUUUGUUCCCUAAUUUUCGCGGUGGCCGCAGUCAUGAAGGCCAAAUCCUUUAAAAAGAGGUCAGAUUCUUGGAAAAUGACCACUUUCACAAAGGUAGAAUUUAAUGUCUCGGAUAUUCUUGAAUGCAUGAAGGAUGGCAAUGUGAUUGGAAGAGGGGGUGCGGGAAUUGUUUACCACGGUAAAAUGCCUUUUGGGUCCGAAAUCGCGGUAAAAAAGUUGUUAGUUUUCGGACCCAACAGGCAUGACCAUGGUUUCAAAGCCGAGAUUGAAACCCUUGGGCAGAUAAGGCAUCGUAACAUAGUGAGGUUGCUCGCGUUCUGCUCUAACAAGCACACCAAUCUCUUGGUGUACGAGUACAUGCGGAACGGGAGCCUCGGCGAAGCACUACAUGGUAAAAAAUUGGGAGGGUUCCUAGGGUGGAAUAUGAGGUACAAGAUUGGAAUUGAGGCUUCAAAGGGACUUUGUUACCUUCACCAUGACUGUUCUCCUCUGAUAGUUCACCGUGACGUAAAAUCCAACAACAUACUCUUGAACUCGCAUUUUGAGGCACACGUGGCGGAUUUCGGGCUAGCCAAGUUCUUGUCCGGGGGCGGCGCAUCAGAGUGCAUGUCAGCAAUUGCUGGAUCUUAUGGCUAUAUUGCUCCAGAAUAUGCAUACACUUUGAGGGUGGACGAGAAGAGUGAUGUUUACAGUUUUGGUGUGGUACUACUUGAGCUAUUGACUGGACGUCGUCCCGUGGGUGAUUUUGGAGAAGGGGUAGAUAUAGUGCAAUGGUCAAGAGUCCAAACGAAUUGCCGUAAGGAAAAUGUGCCUCUCAUAAUUGAUUCUCGAUUAACCGCGGUGCCCCAAGACGAAGCGAUGCAUUUGUUCUUUGUUGCUAUGUUGUGCACCCAAGAGAAUAGUGUUGAACGUCCAACAAUGCGAGAAGUGGUUCAAAUUCUAUCAGAAUAUCCUUACCAUGCUAUGGGAUAUCAACCUGCUUCAUCGACUUCAUUACUCGUUAAUAAUAACAAUAACAAUAAUACCAAGCAACAAUCUAAUGAUGUUAAGAAAGGAUAAAAAGAUUGAUCCAAAUCAUCAGGAAAAACUUGUGGUAUAAGGGUUUUUUUUUUUUUUUUUUUAAUUUUUUGGGGAAAUUUUUGAGAAUUGUGUCUAGAAAUGUAGUUUUUUGUUAUUAUAGUCUUCUAUUGUGAAAAAUUAAUAUGUAACUUUUUAUUUCUAGUUUCACUGUCUAAUUAGAUUUAGGCAUAGAGUGAAUAUUGGUUAUGGAAUAUAUAUAAAUGUAUACAAAAUAAUUUUGAUUCGACGAUUGUCUAUGGAGAUGUCGUAGACUCCUUAGCCCU